AUGACAACGCAGGAGAGAAAAGUCUUAAGGAUUGCGAUGUGCAAAACCAACCUGGGAGUGUAUCCAUGUAAUUUGGAUGCCAGAUGCGCCAACCUAUCCUCUGCCUCUGGUCGUCCGAAAAAUGUCUUCACAUUGAAGAGCAAGGAAGCCGACAACAUGAACGCAAUUGACAUAGAUUAUCAGACGUUUCUUGCAGUGUCUCGAACCAUGCACAACAGGGGAUCACGGAACCCCGUCCCGGAAGGCGAGCUGGACCGACAGUAUUCAAACUUUUCCUACUUGCCUGUAUUAUCUCCUUGCAAGGUCAAAGCACGCACUUCUCAAGCCGAAUUCCAGCUGUCGUUAUUUUCACGUGAACAUGCAUUAAUUCUGGGUCGACUUCAGACACGUUUCCCAGGUCCCACUUUAUGUGAUCCAGUAAGGCUCACUUGGCCUACGAAGGUACAUGGCUUUGAUGAGAAAUAUUCAUCUUCACAGCCUGGAUCUGACUUCAUUGGGUUCAUACAACGGGUUAAUAGAUUUAAGCUCUUGCAGAGGGAAUUGAAAUUCCAGAGCAAAUCGCUGUCUGGAGAAGUAAAAGGAGUUACGUUUAGCUGUAACACCCUUUCGAUGUCUAGCUGUAAUGUCAUCCAAAAGAAACACGAGGGCAUAGAUAUUGUCAAACUGCCAAAUCCUAGACAGGGACAGUCGAGAUACCGGGAAUGGGUUCAAAAGACGAAAAUUCCGGUCAGUAAGUUAUCCCGAGCUAAGUUGUACUGA